UGAGGAGUCUAGCCAGUUGGUGAGCGCUGUAAUCUGAACCAGCUGUGUCCAGACUGAGGCCCCAUUUGCAUUGUUUAACAUACUUAGAAAAUGAAGUGUUCAUUUUUAACAUUCCUCUUCCAAUUGGUUUAAUGCUGAAUUACUGAAGAGGGCUAAGCGAAACCAGGUGCUUCCGCGAGGGCUGCGCAGCGGCUCGGAGCACCCGGCUCUCCCCAGCCCUCUGCUCUGCUCGCCGCCGCCUGUACAGGGUCCCCGGGAGCCCGCCGGCCAGCCCAGCGGAGCUCCUCCGAGCGCCCCGCCGCCUGCUCCUUCUUCCCGCGGCCUCUUCUCCCCGCGCGUCUUGGACAUGCCAGGAUUAAGAAGGCUACUCCUCGUUAUGUUUCUGGCUCUCUGUCUCCCAAGUCCUGGGAAUGCACAGCAACAGUGCACGAACGGCUUUGACCUGGAUCGCCAGACAGGACAGUGUUUAGAUGUUGAUGAAUGCCGGACCAUCCCCGAGGCCUGCCGAGGAGACAUGAUGUGUGUCAACCAAAACGGUGGCUAUUUGUGCAUCCCCCGAACAAACCCAGUGUAUCGAGGGCCCUACUCAAAUCCCUAUUCAAACCCCUACUCAGGUCCGUACCCAGCAGCUGCUCCACCAGUCUCAGCUGCAAACUACCCCACAAUUUCAAGGCCUCUUGUCUGCCGCUUUGGAUACCAGAUGGAUGAAAGCAACCAGUGUGUGGAUGUGGACGAGUGUGCAACGGAUUCCCACCAGUGCAACCCCACCCAGAUCUGCAUCAACACAGAAGGGGGGUACACCUGUUCCUGCACCGAUGGGUAUUGGCUUCUGGAAGGCCAAUGCUUAGACAUCGAUGAGUGUCGCUAUGGUUACUGCCAGCAGCUCUGUGCGAAUGUUCCUGGAUCCUAUUCUUGUACAUGCAACCCUGGUUUUACCCUCAAUGAGGAUGGAAGGUCUUGCCAAGAUGUGAACGAGUGUGCAACUGAGAACCCCUGCGUGCAAACCUGCGUCAACACUUACGGAUCUUUCAUCUGUCGCUGUGAUCCAGGAUAUGAACUGGAGGAUGAUGGUGUUCACUGCAGUGAUAUGGACGAGUGCAGCUUCUCUGAGUUCCUCUGCCAGCAUGAGUGUGUGAACCAGCCCGGCACAUACUUCUGCUCCUGCCCACCAGGAUACAUCCUGCUGGAAGACAACCGCAGCUGUCAGGACAUCAACGAAUGUGAGCACCGGAACCACACAUGUACCGCUUUGCAGUCUUGUUACAAUUUGCAAGGGGGCUUCAAAUGCAUUGAUCCCAUCCGCUGUGAGGAGCCUUAUCUGCAGAUUGGUGACAAUCGCUGCAUGUGUCCUGCUGAAAAUCCUGGCUGCAGAGACCAGCCCUUCACCAUCUUGUUCCGGGACAUGGAUGUGGUGUCAGGACGCUCUGUUCCUGCUGACAUCUUCCAGAUGCAAGCAACCACCCGCUAUCCUGGAGCCUAUUACAUUUUCCAGAUCAAAUCUGGGAAUGAAGGUCGAGAAUUCUAUAUGCGGCAAACAGGUCCCAUCAGCGCUACCCUGGUGAUGACACGUCCCAUCAAAGGGCCUCGGGACAUCCAAUUAGACUUGGAGAUGAUCACUGUCAACACGGUCAUCAACUUCAGAGGCAGCUCUGUGAUUCGACUGCGGAUAUAUGUGUCACAGUACCCAUUCUGAGCCUCGGGCUGUAGCCUUGGACACUGCCUCUCCCAAGCACCAAGGGACAGGACAAGAGAAGAAAUAUGAGAAAGAAUGACAGCGAGACAGAGGUUGUGCUUUCCUGCUGAACGAUUCCCUGAGGAGUCAGCCGCAGGUGUCCUGACUCACGCUGUACUAUGCAGACCUGUUGCUCUGAAGGACACCCAUCCCCGGUUCCUAAGACGCAGUUAUCAAAAAUGCAGUUAUCAUCACUGGCCUCCUGAUGCUGGCGAUUCUUCAAGGCCUUCAGUUUAUUUCCAUCUUUUUCAAAGAAAAUAGAUUCACUUUGCUGGGGUAUGAGUCUAUGUUCAAAGACUGAGAGAAGCUUGCUCUCACCUCCUGCACUCCUUUCUCUGUCUCUCGCUGUGUUGCUGCUUUGCAAAGGCCUCAAGAGCUCCAUGGGAAUGCUGGGUAUAGCUAGUUUGCUUCUUGCGUGUACCGAGAAGGCUAUGGAAACAAACCACAGCAAGGAUCUAAGGGUUUUAAAGAAUCUAUUUCCAAACCACGUCUGGUAUUUUCAGCCAUAAAAGUUUUACUUGCCCUUAAAUUUAUAUAACUGUUUAAUCACUUCUGCUCAUUUUGAGUAUAUUUUUUAAGUAAGUGGUUAAAUUCCUUCAAAAGGCCUUUAGAUGCAUGUUAUGUUCUGUCUUCUCAAACCCAGCCUCUUCUCCAUUUUAGCUCAGUGUUGUGUUGUGUUUUGUCUUUGAGGACCCCUUAAUCAUGCUUUCUUGUGAAUUUUUACCCAACUGGUUGGAAGGCAGAAGUCUCCAAACUGAUUAAAUAUUUGAAGAGAGA